AUGCUUGAGGAAGAGAUAGACAGUGUAGUUGAUGAGCUUGGUGCGGAAGAAUUCCGCAACAUCCCAGGCGCUUCAUCCAAACAAGGGAAGGCUAUGAUCCGUUUACGUGUAUCAAAAGGAAAGUUGUACGAGGCUAAGGUUGGUGUUUUGGAAGAGGCAAAACAAGCCAACAUGAGAGCCGGAACACGACAUUUACAGAGGCAUCAGCGUUUGCUGAAGGCCAAAGAAGCAGAUCUCAAAAAGAAAUACCUGACGUUUCAGCGUCAAGUCCUAGCGUUCAACACGGCUUUUUCGGGUCCAAAUGGUCCAAAUCCAAUCGAUUCCCUGACCUUUGAUGAGCAAAAUAAAUGGAUGAUGGAGAUCUUAAAUUUGGAGACUCGUCGUGGGGAUGACCGCUUGUCUGAGAGUAAACACGUUUUCAAGGCCUUACUGACAGACCUAGAUCAAACACAUUGCCGAUUGUGGAUGGAAUGGAAUCGGGGGAUACAAACGGUUACCUCUGGUACUUUGCAGCACAGCGAAUUAUCAGUGGAAGAGGAAAGCGCACUGAUGACAAAAUGGAAUAGUAUUGUCAAUAACAGCCGUCAGUUAUGGGAAGGUAUUGUCGCAGCUCCAAUACUCACAGCGGAAGGAAUUGAUGAGCCCGAGGAUAUCACUGAUCGAUACAUGGAGGAUUAG